GUGAACAGAAUAAGGAGGAUCUUGUGGAAAUCUGUGGCAGAAUUGAUCUUGGGGUUGUAGAAAAGUCUCUGCAAAACUUGGAGAAUGUAGAUGACUGUUAUGAAGUUCAGGAGUUUGGGGCCAGUGCUCUAAGAAAAAAAACGAAGUCUUUUCGCUAUUUCUCCAAGAUCUUUGAACAAUACGUAGAUGUAUGUGGGAGUGAUGAUGAGGAGUCUCAAAACCCAUACAAAUGCAAAGAACUUAUGAACUAUUUCCUCUCUGAAUAUCUUGGACUCCUUCCGUUUUUCACACUGGCUGUAUUUGGAGAAGAUUCGCAGUUGAAUUAUCCUACAAGCACCCAAGUGGAGCUUUACUGGCGGUUCAUGAAACAAAAUGUUUUUUAUAAGCAGAAUGUCAAGGAUGUCAAGACAGCGGACUACUUUGGUAGAGUUCAGGCCUUUAACAGGAGCAAGAUUCGGGAACAAAUUUCAAAAGAGAAGCAGGAGAAGAAGAUGAAGAAGCAAAGGAAGCAAAGGAAGCAACAGAGAUACGAAGAUACAGAGGAGGAUGAAGUAGAGGAGGAGGAGGAGGCGUGGACCGCGAAGAAAAUUCCUGCUAAGAAGGUCAAGAGAAACUCGCAUCUUGGUGUGACGUUCAGAUUCUGAGACAGGAGAUGUAUUAUUUAUGAAUGGU